AGUUUUUCCUCUCCCGUCACAUGGCGAACCCGCCGACCACACUCUCGUCCUCCCUCAUCUUCCUCGUCCUCCUCGCACAUGCCGCUCUCCUCGCCGCCGCCCUGCUGCACCCCGCCGACUUCCUCUCCCUCCAAGCCAUCAGCAAGUCCCUCCGCGACACCCCCGGCUCCAGCUUCCUUGCCUCCUGGGACUUCACCUCCGACCCCUGCGGCUUCCCUGGCGUCUCCUGCGACUCCUCCUCCCCAUACCGCCGCGUCCACGUCCUCUCCCUCGGCGACCCCCGAGCCUCUGCCCCCGGCCUCACCGGCCGCCUCGACCCGGCCAUCGGCAACCUCUCCUCUCUCACUGAUCUCGCCAUCCUCCCGGGCCGCGUGUUCGGACGGAUCCCUCAAUCCCUCUCCCAGCUCAAGAACCUCCGCUUUCUCGCUGCUGCCCGAAACUUCCUCUCCGGUGGGAUCCCCGCUGAGCUCGGGCUGCUCCGGAAACUUCAGACCCUCGACCUGAGCUACAACCGGCUCACCGGCCCGCUACCGAGGGCGGUCGGGUCGUUGCCGUUGCUCUCCAACCUCGUCCUCUGCCACAACCAGCUCUCCGGCCCGGUCCCUCCUUUCCUGUCCCAGACCUUGACCCGGAUCGACCUGAAGCACAACGAGCUUUCCGGUCCGAUACCGCCGGCCUACCUCCCUCCUUCCCUGCAGUACCUCUGGCUCUCCUCGAACCGGCUCAGUGGCCCCGUGGACCGCCUCCUCAGCCGGCUCACCAACCUCAGCCAACUGGACCUCAGCAUGAACCAGUUCACCGGCCCAAUCCCCGGACAGGUCUUCAACUACCCCAUCACAACCCUGCAUCUUCAGAGGAACGCGUUCUCCGGGCCAGUUCGACCAGCCGCGCCGGUCGCCAUCACGACCGUGGACCUGAGCUACAACCGGCUAUCGGGGGAGAUGUCGCCGGAGCUCUCGACCGUGGAGAGCCUCUACCUUAACAACAACCGGUUCACAGGUCAGGUGCCGAGGAGCUUCGUGGACCAGUUGCUCGACUCGAGCAUACGGGUCUUGUAUCUGCAACACAAUUUCCUGACGGGGAUCGAGAUCGAUGGGACGGAGAAGAUUCCGGUGAGGAGCUCGCUGUGUCUGCAGUAUAACUGUAUGGUCCCUCCCGCCCAGAGUCACUGCCCGUUGAGGGCCGGGAGAUGGAAGAGCCGGCCGGCCGGGCAAUGCCGCGCCCACGGAGGAGGGGCAAAAAUGUACAAAGGGAAGAAAAAGGUGACAGAAAUUAAUUACAAGAAUAAACCAAAUAAUAACCAAAAUCAUUUAAAGGUCAGUUUUCCUAGAGGGUUUGGGAUUUAUUAGUUGAUCCAUUUUAAUUAA